AUGGCCAACUAUGCCAUCGCCAUCGCCACCUUCCUGUCCGCCGCCUUUCUCUAUUCCCUCGCCAACCGCCACCAUCCCGAACACGCUCCCUAUAUCCCAGCCACCGGCGGCAACGCACCCUUGAAAGGCGUCGUCAACGAGAAGGAACAGCACAACAACACCCCGUGCUAUGUCGAUACCGACCUCAUCAAGACCCUGGGCUACGAGUACGCCGGGUACGCCCGCUGGGAAAUCGCCGUCGUGCAGACGGACAAUUUCUCGGGCUUCGAGAAGAAACUCGACCUGCCCGUGCCGUCGGAAUACCAGGUGUUGAAGCUCAACUCCCCCGAGCGCAAGCUGGCCCUGCCUGCAGAAUACUGCACGAGCAAUGCCGUGAUCGAGGCGCCCAUUCCGCCCCGGUCGCGGGUCGAUGCCUCGUCGCUGGUGUUUGGCGUGUCGACCUCGCUGGAGCGGCUGGACGAGUCGCUCGAUGCCUUUGCGCACUGGGCGGCGGGGACGAAUACGAGGAUCAUCGCUCUGGUGGACUCGCAGGACCACUGGAGCCGCGUGCAGCGACGGGCUGCUCGCAUGGGCAUCAACCUGACCAUCAUCAAGUCGUCGGAAGACACGCUCGACCGGUACUUUUCGCUCACCCGCAUCCUGCUGCAGAACCGCGAGUCCGCCGACUGGGGCGUCAUCAUCGACGACGACACCUUUUUCCCGUCCAUGUCCAACCUGAUCAACGAGCUGAAGCACUAUGACCCCUCCAAGAGCUGGUACAUCGGUGCUCCGACCGAGAAUUUUGCCCAGAUGAGCAUGUUCUCCUACAUGGCGUACGGCGGGGCCGGUGUCUUCCUGUCCAUGCCGCUGCUCGAGCAGAUGGACGAAUCCUUCGAUGAGUGCUACGCCUGGAAGGACGACGGGGGUGACAAACGAGUCGCUCGCUGUGUCUACAUGCACACUGACACCAAGCUCACCUGGGAUCACGGCCUCUUCCAGCUCGAUCUGUGGGAGGCCUCUGGCUUCUACGAAUCCGGUCGCCGUCUGCCCCUCUCCAUCCACCACUGGAAGUCCUGGUUCCACACGGAUGUCGUGGGCAUGGGCAAGGUCGCCUCCAUCUGCGGCGACAACUGCCAGCUGAACCGCUGGCGUAUCUCGGACGAAUGGUUCCUCAUCAACGGCUUCUCCAUCAUCCAACACUCGUACCCCGUCUCCGACAAAGACCUGCUGGCGAUGGAGCAGACCUGGGACCCCAGCCCGUGGGCGCGUGAGGAGGGAUACACAUACAGUUUAGGACCACUGCGACCGAUGGACGAGCAAAAGAUCUCGUUCCGGCUGAAGACGGCGACCGAGGAUGGCAACCGAGUGCGCCAGAUCUACGUGCUGGAGCCGCCAGAGGGCAACCCCGACCCGCCGCGGGUGCUGGAGAUUGUGUGGAGAGUGAUGAACCAGGAGUAG